CUCCCCUGCAGAUGGCCCGGGCCGGCGCCCUCCUGCUCGCCUGCCUGCUCCUCGCUGCCGCGCUGCCGACCACGCGGGCGCUGCCGCUGCCGGCCAAGGAGAAGCGAGGCUGGACUCUGAACAGCGCCGGCUACCUGCUGGGCCCACACGCCAUUGACAACCACAGGUCCUUUAACGACAAGCAUGGCCUGGCCGGCAAGCGGGAACUCCCACUAGAGCAGCCCCUGAAGCCAGGGGCUGCCGACACGUCGCUGCCCGAGGCCGCGGUGCGCUCACUCAUUGACUUCCUCUUGUUUCUGCGCCUCAAAGAGGCCGGCGCCCUGGACAGCCUGGCCGACCUCCCCGUGGCAGGAUCGUCAGAGGACGCCGGGUGGUCCUGACUGGAUGCUGCCCCACGCAUGCGUGUCUGCGCUGUGAACUUGGGCGAUGGGUCCCUGGCCCCAGCUUGCAAGAGCAAACCCUGCCUGACCUUGACUUAACUCUGCUACCCUAUUUAAGAUUUU